AUGGCGUUGUUCCGAGGGGCGGGGCGGCUGGGCGUUGUGGCGGCGGCGGCUGGCGGCUCGGUGGUGGGCUUCCUGCUGGGCCGGGACAAUCAAAGGAGCACAGCAGAGGCUUCCUGGACCACCAACUUCACCCCCUCCGUCAAGUGGGACUGGAAUUGGGACAGAAGAGAGGCGGAGAGUCUCGUCAAACCGCUCAAGAGGCACCCAGACUACAACAACAACAACAGUAACGAUAACAACAACAAUAACAGCAACUACACCAAUGACGUCAACAACAACAGCAUCAUCGUGGAGGCGCGCGAGGAGAAGCUGGAGAAGGCUCGGCCCACUGCGACGCGGCACCUCAUCUUUAUACGACACGGCCAGUACAACCUCAAUGCCAGCAGUGACUCAGAACGCUACCUAACUAAACUGGGGCGUGACCAGGCAGCACUUACUGGCGAGCGGCUGAAGGAGCUUGGUCUGCCGUACACUCGGUUCGUCUACUCCACCAUGACACGAGCCACGGAGACGGCGAACAUCAUGAAGGAGAAGAUGGGUGACGUGGGGGAAGUGGAGUACUGCGACCUGCUACGAGAGGGCGCCCCCAUCCCCCCGGAACCCCCUCUCGGAAGCUGGAAGCCGGAGAAAUACAAGUUCUACACCGAUGGGGCGCGCAUUGAGGCCGCCUUCAGGAAGUACGUCCAUCGAGCAUCUCCCUCGCAGGAGAAGGACAGCUACGAGGUGUUUGUGUGCCAUGCGAACGUCAUCCGAUACUUUGUCUGCAGAGCCCUGCAGCUCCCACCUGAGGCCUGGCUGCGGAUAUCUCUGCACAACGGGAGCAUGACUCAUCUGGUGGUGCGUCCCGAUGGACGUGUGGCCCUCUGGCACCUUGGGGAGUGUGGUUACAUGCCACCUGACAAGCUCUCCCGUACCUAACCAAAGCUGCGGCCUAUGGAGUCUCCCCUUAAGGUUGUAGGCGCAGGGUGUGAGUGACUUUGUAUGAUAAUUAUGACCUGAUUCCUGAUGGCAAAGAGUGUAAGGUCAGGGGUCAAGUAUUUGUAUGAUAAUUCUGGAGUGUUCCCUUACAGCCAUGAUUCUAGGGUCAGGAUUCUAAUAAGUACCUAUUUCUAUAAUAAUUAAUGUGUUUCCUUAAGAUUCUAGAGUCAGGGUUUAAUAUGUAUGAUAAUUAUGGAGAGUUUUCCUAAGACCGUGAUUCUAGGGUCAAGCUUUUGGUGAAUGUUUGUAUGAAAGUUUGGGCGGAGAGUACUUUGGGAAAUUUCGGGAUCAAUUCGUAUAGCUGUUAUUAUUUGUUUACGUAAGACAGUGAUUUGGUGGAUUAUACGUUGGCAAACCAAGGGAUCAAUUUGUACCUUUAUCAGCUUACUUGUACGUAGAUUUGGCAGGGAAGACUAUAUUGUAAACUGAGAGAAGGGCUUGUGUGUCAAUGGUGUUUGCAUGUUGAGAUCAAUUUGUACCUCUAUCAGUAACUUGUACGAUGAGUUGGCAGGGAAGACUUAUGUGGCAGACUGAGGGAAGGGGUUGCGUCAUUAGUGUUUGCAUGUAGAGGUCAAUUUGUAUCUCUAUCAGUAACUUGUACGAUGAUUUGGCAGGGAAGACUUAUGUGGCAGACUGAGGGAAGGGCUUGUGUCAAUGGCCAUUUUGUACCUCUAUCAGUAACCUUUAAGAUGAUUUGGCAAGGAAGACUUAUGUGGCAAACAGGGAAGGGCUUGCGUCAUUAGUGUUUGCAUGUCAGGUGUUCAUGUGAGUUGCGUUCAGAACCGUCUUCCAAGAACGUGUGUGUGGCUGUACUCUCUCUAGGAAGUUAUGUGUAUUUUUGUCCUUCGUAACACUGUAGAGAUAGCAUUAGUAUUUAUUUUGUUUGCCAGUUUGUAUAUGCUCAAAAUGGCGAACAUUCUACAAUUAUUUAUGAUUUAGGGAACGGGCAGCGAGAAGAUGACCCGACAGGGAUUGAAACUCGAUGACAGCAAAUGUGACGCUGCAUCGCCCACCAGUCAUAAGUAUGUACUGUGAUCCCUCGACUGAUUACGCUCGAUCAAACUACGACUGUAAACAUAAGUGAAGAAAUAAAGAUGCAUCAUGAUUA